AUGCAAACGGGCAGCGAAUUCGUGAAACUUCGUGGACCUACGAGGCACUUUCGACGGUUUUUCAGCCUUGACGCCGAUCUUUCACAUAUUCGAUGGACUCCCACCAACAAAAAGCCCCACAAAGCGCGGAUAGCAAUUGAAAACAUUCGAGAAAUUCGAAUCGGGAAAAAUACGGAACAACUACGGCAUAGCGAAGCAAACUUAGGCGAACUUCAGGAAGAAUGUCUGUUCUCCGUUAUCUACGGCGACGACUACGAGACCCUGGACCUUGUGGCAAGUUGUGCCGACGACGCGAACAUAUGGGUCACAGGCCUUAUGGCCCUCACCUCUACCAAAUACGACUGCAAGCCGACAACUAUCGCAUGGGCUCACGAUUACGGGAACGAAGAAUUUCAGGAAGCUGGAAGUGCGCUCGGAGGAAUAGAGAGAGGACGAAUUCACAAAGAAGAAUUCGUCGAGUUGUAC